AUGGGUGACGUGCCAUCCGUGGAGGAGGCAGAGGGUGAUGUGCCAUCUGUGGAGGUGGCAGAGGGUGAUGUGCCAUCUGUGGAGGUGGCAGAGGGUGAUGUGCCAUCUGUGGAGGUGGCAGGGGGUGAUGUGCCAUCUGUGGAGGUGGUAGAGAGUGACAUGCCAUCCGUGGAGAAGGCAGGGGGUGAUGUGCCAUCUGUGGAGGUGGCAGAGGGUGAUGUGCCAUCUGUGGAGGUGGCAAAGGGUGAUGUGCCAUCUGUGGAGGUGGCAGAGGGUGAUGUGCCAUCUGUGGAGGUGGCAGGGGGUGAUGUGCCAUCUGUGGAGGUGGCAGAGAGUGACAUGCCAUCCGUGGAGGUGGCAGGGGGUGAUGUGCCAUCUGUGGAGGUGGCAGAGGGUGAUGUGCCAUCUGUGGAGGUGGCAGGGGGUGAUGUGCCAUCUGUGGAGGUGGCAGAGAGUGACAUGCCAUCCGUGGAGGUGGCAGAGGGUGAUGUGCCAUCCGUGGAGGUGGCAGAGGGUGAUGUGCCAUCUGUGGAGGUGGCAGAGGGUGAUGUGCCAUCUGUGGAGGUAGCAGGGGGUGAUGUGCCAUCUGUGGAGGUGGCAGAGAGUGACAUGCCAUCCGUGGAGGUGGCAGGGGGUGAUGUGCCAUCCGUGGAGGUGGCAGAGGGUGAUGUGCCAUCUGUGGAGGUGGCAGAGGGUGAUGUGCCAUCUGUGGAGGUGGCAGAGGGUGAUGUGCCAUCCGUGGAGGUGGCAGAGAGUGACAUGCCAUCCGUGGAGGUGGCAGGGGGUGAUGUGCCAUCUGUGGAGGUGGCAGAGGGUGAUGUGCCAUCUGUGGAGGUGGCAGAGGGUGAUGUGCCAUCUGUGGAGGUGGCAGAGGGUGAUGUGCCAUCCGUGGAGGCAGGGGGGUGA